AUGGCAAGUGAUGAUAAUAAUAUUUCUCAACCACCAAUUCAAAGUCAAAGUCAGAGUGUUGGAUCUUCUCAACCAUUUACAACGUCAACUACAAUAAAAAGAAAGUCCAAUGAUAUAGGUUGGGACUAUGGGGUACUUAAUGAUCCUACUAAGUCAAUGGACAAGAUUAAAUGUUUAUUGUGCAAGAAAGUAAUGUCUGGUGGAGUUUAUCGGAUCAAAGAGCAUAUUGCUGGCAUAUCAGGGAAUGUUAGCAAAUGCCCCAUAGCUUCAAAGGAAGAUCAAUUAAAAUGUAGAGAUGCCCUCAUGAUGGCGAAGAACAAAAAGAAGAACAAGAGAGCUAAAGAAGUUAAUAUAAGAGCGGAGGUAAACAUUGGUUCCCAUGAGAGUUUGAGUAAUAUUAUUGAUGUUGAUGAGUUGCAACAGUUUGAACAUUUGAAGCCACCUUGUCCAAUUGGCCCUAUGGAUAAGUUUGCAAACCAAAUCAAUCCUGAAAGUUCUUUGAGUUCAGGAAGGGGCACGGCGCAACAACGGAUAAUUGAGGCAUUUGACAAGGAGAGGGUUAACCGAGUGAAAGAGUACAUAUGCAGAUGGGCUUAUGAAUCAGCUAUUCCAUUUCAUGUUAUUGAGAAAGAUAGCUUCAAGUUGAUGAUUGAAGCUGUUGGUCAAUUCGGUCCAGGAGCGCAGACACCAAAUAGAUAUGAAUUGAGUGAAACAUAUUUGAAAAAAGAGGUUGAUCGGGUCCGAGACAGUUUGAAGGAGCAUGAGGCGUUGUGGAAAGAAAAUGGCUGCUCAAUUAUGACUGAUGCAUGGACAGAUAGGAAGAGAAGAAGCAUCAUGAACUUGUGUGUCAAUUCAAGAUUGGGCACUGUUUUUUUAUCUUCUAAAGAAUGUUCAAAUGAGGCACACACAAGUCAGUUUAUAUUUGAAUAUGUGGAGGAGGGCAUUGCAGAAGUUGGAGAGGAGAAUGUUGUUCAAAUUGUCACAGAUAAUGCUGCGAACAACAUGGGAGCUGCUAAAUUGUUGAAGGAGAAGAGGCCAAAGCUAUUUUGGACUUGUUGUGCAACUCAUUCCAUUAAUUUAAUGCUUGAAAGCAUUGCAGGUUUACCACGGUUUAAAAAAGUUCUUGAUCAAGCAAAGAGCUUGACUAUCUUUAUCUAUGCACACCAUAAAACCUUGGCAAUGAUGAGAACCUAUACAAAGAAGCGUGACAUAGUUAGGCCAGGUGUGACUAGGUUUGCUUCUGCAUUUCUUACUUUGCAGAGUUUAUAUGGUAAGAAAACUGAAUUAAGGGCUAUGUUUACAAGCAAUGAAUGGGAUGAAUGUAAGUUUGUCAAAUCAAUUAAAGGGAAAGAUGCGUAUUCUAUUGUCUUGAAUACUUCAUUUUGGCAAGGGGUUACAUUAUGCUUGAAUGUUUUUGCACCGUUGGUGAGGGUGCUUCGUAUUGUUGAUCAGGAUAAGAGACCGUCAAUGCCAUUUGUUUAUGGUGAGCUUAUGCAAGCCAAAGAAGACAUUAAGAAGGCAUUCAAUGAAGUUCAAAGAAACUAUGACCCUAUUAUUAAGAUAGUCGAAGAAACGAUGAGCAAUAGGCUAGAUUCUCCUCUUCAUUUGAUGGCUUACAUGUUGAAUCCUUAUUAUCAUUUUAAGGAUCCUCGACUUCAUUUGGAUGUAAAUGUUUUUCUGGGAUGCAUUGAGUUUCUUGAAACAUAUUAUCAUGGUGAUUUAGAAAUGCAAAACAAGAUAUUGAAUGAAGAAUUUCCCAUUUAUAAGAGGAAAGAUGGCGUAUUUGGGAAAACACUUGCGGUCAAAGGAUGCGAGACAAAUAAUGAGCGAUAUGAUCCAGGUAAAUAA